AUGUCUGCAACGAUUAGAGCUUCGGCAGUUACGGAUUUAAACAGUUUUGACUCUUUGGUGGAUAAAUGUGGUGCCUUCAUAUCAUCAACUGUGGAGAUACCCUCUUCGAAAUCCGGUGGUAUCUUAGGUAUUCUUAGUGACUCUGAAGGUGUAAAGCUGUUCAAUAACUUCCUUUGCAUGCGAAGUUCUGGCCAUCUUCUCGACUUUUGGUUCGCUUGCAAAGGAUUUCGUACUAAUGUGGAUCCGAAUAAUCCUGACAAACUGUUUCAAGUGGCUAAAGUUAUCUACCGGACUUAUGUGAAGUCUGGUGCUGACCAUGCAGUCCCACUACCCAAUUCUCUAAAGCAUGAAAUAUCAAACGUCGUGGGAAUUGAUCGUACAUUAUUUGACUCUGCUCAGGAAAAUGUCGGAUCUCUUUUGGAACAAACAUUUUACCCGGAAUUUCUGGACUAUUUAAAGAACGGUUUUAUGUAUGGAAAUCCCAGCGUAAAUCGUCUUUUGUCAACAAUUUUUGACACAGGAACUGGAGAUACUUCUUCUCCACUCUUGUUCCGUGCAGGCAGCCCGUUGUCAAAGGAAAAAUCGAAAAGAAAAGCAUUCCUAAGUUUCCAAAGAACGCUGCAGCUGUCGAUCCAUAUUUGUUCUUUAUUUAUUAGAAUAUCGUGGUCGAAAACUUAUUUUUUCGACCCGUAUUUUCUAUCUUUUUUGCUUGAAUUAAGUUCAGAACCCCGGAUAUUGGCUUUAUAUUUAUGUAUGUUAAUUAAUUCUGUCUUAUAUACUUAA